GUGUAUAUGUAUAUGAUGUUUUGAUGGUCUGUUCCCAUUUAUUUUCAGUGUAAGCUAGAACUGGUGGUUGGCUCUCCAGCAUCAUGUAUGGACUUGCAGUUGUUCAGUGCAGACAACACUUUCCUUCAGAACUUGGACCAGGAUGAUGCAUUACUAGGGUCUUACCCGGUUGAUGAUGGCUGCAGGAUCCACGUUAGUAAUCCUGAACAUGUUAAAUGCUAUCUUGUUUUUGUCAUAUCUUUAUUGUGUCCCAUCUUCUACUUUAGCCGUUUGCUAAGCCCAAGCUCUGUAACACUGAUGUUUGCACACACAUUCUUCAUCUAGUUUGUACUGGUGAAAUCUAGUGUGAUUGGAAUAUUUAAUUAACUUAUCCGUAUUUAGAAAAGAUCUUGCAUUCUUGUGUGAUAAAUGCACAUAAGUAACCACAUGGACAAGACCGAACCAUACAGCUGCUCGUGAUUCUGCAACCACCAUGGUGCUUCAGCUUGUUGGUGGGCAAAGCAUUAUGGAACCUACAGUGCUACAUUUGCUGCACAGUAAGCGGCCCUGCCGUUCAUAGUCUCCACGCUCUGCAUGGGGACGCUGAAUUUUCCUCAUGGAGAUGCAUUGGAUUGGCUAAAAAUCAGCAAUUUUGAUGUCACCGAGGGGGCGGGGCCAGCACCAGCAGAGCUGUGGAGAGCUGAAAAUAAGGUGAGGGUUUUUUUUUUUUUUUAACCCAUUCUGGGGGGGGGGAGCCACCUAAUUGGUGGAUUUUCACUAACGGGUCAGGAAUACAUGUUUUUGUUCCUUACCCUAUAGCCUAUAGUGAUCCUUUAAGCAAUUUUUAAUUUCUACGUGAUUCUCCUUUCAAGUUACCUAGCAUGACUUUAUAGGCACAUAGAUGGUCACCUAAAAUUGUCUGGAAUUCAGACAAGUUUAUAAUUUUUGGACAAAAUAACUGAUUUAUAAUAAUACAACUCAUUUAUGAUAUAAAAAUAAAAGGUACAGAUGCCACUGGGAAAAUUGGAGAUCCAGCAUUGGAGGCAACCUUUCAGGUUAAACGGUUUAACCCAAGCAUGUCAAACUUGCGGCCCACAAUGACUAUCUUUACGGCCCACCUGCCCAGGCGCUGCAUUGUGCUGUGGUUGUGACCAGCCACAAGACAGGAAAGAUCUUUCCUGUCUGCCAUACCACGGCCGAUCGCGUGCGACGAUGGCUGCAAGAGCGCUAAGUGUUAGUCCACGCCAGCCACGCCAGCCACCGGAUAUGUGCAUACAGCAUGUGAUGUCAUGUCCACCAGCUGUGCUACAGUGUGCAGAGUGGCUGGCAUUCUGCAGAGCAUGCUAGCCACUCCCCCUUCCCUCCUGCUCACAGUGCCAGAGGAGCAUCUGACCUGCUUGAGCAGUGUAUUAUAUUGGGUCUGCAUAGAGGUGCUGAAUACUCCCCAUGGAAAGGUCAUUGGUCGCGUAGCGUUUUGCCACACAUGCUCGAAAGCCUCCCAAUGCUUUCCUGUGGGAAAGCAUUUGAUUGGCUGAGAUCAUCAAGUUUGAUUUCAGCCAAUUGAAGAACACACUCAUAGGACUUCAAAAUCAACAAAAUAACGUCAUUUGUAUUUUACAGCUGUGCAACAGCAUACAAUAACCAUUUCAGUCCCAUUAACAAACUUUUCUUAUUAUGUCAAGGUAGUUGGACUGAAACAUAGAAUGUUACGUCAGAUAAGAACCAUUCGGGCUAUCUAGUCUGUCCAAAACAUUUGUUCUAUGCAAAUGCACAUCUCCUUAAAAUAAAUUCACUCUUUUGUUUACUUUGAAGCCCUACGAGUGUGAGGACAUCCAGAGUCAGAUUUUUUUUAUUUAUUUUUUAAUACGGUACUUUUCGAAAUAAACCUUUAUUUCUAUGAAAACUAAAGGUUUUUUUUAUUUUUUUUUGGGUUUUUUUUUUGCGGCCCACUUAAACCCUGUUUAUUUGGCCCGUGUUAGCCUUUGAGUUUGACAUGCUUGAUUUAACCCUUUCAGGUAAGCAAGUGCCCAGGGACCAUAACUUAAUUUUGAUUAAGUUAUGAUGUCCGGCAUGUUCCUUUAAAUAUGUUCAGUGUGUUUAAUAAAGGGUUUGACUUCUUUUGUAAUAAAAAAAUAAAUAUUGUUUUUUUUUUUUUGUUUUUGUUUUUUUUAUUCUCUGUAAUUUAGGAGAGAACUCAUUUUUGUCUCUGUCCAUGUAGCCCUAGCCAAACUUUCCCUGUCUGUGACUGAUACAAUCUGUAUGAAAAAAAAUGGUUUCACUUUACACCAGAUCUUAAUUUAGAUUACCCUUAACUCUGUAAAUUAAACUGUAAUCAGACACAGGAGGCUUCUGUGGGUCCAGAGGGCCUUUAAGAAUGCAGGAGAUAAGAAAUUCUAAAUUAAAGGGACACUAUAGUCACCAGAACAACUUUAGCUCAAUAUAUUAUAUAUUCAAUCACCAGGUCAUAUAUUAACUUGGUGAUUGUAAAUGUAUUUAAACAAUUUAAUUGAAGAUAUAAUUGACUUGGGUGCCUGUUUUUUUUUUUUUUUUUUUUUUCUAAAAGGGUUUGAUCUGCAAAAGGUCAUGCCCCUAGUAGUCAGCUGAAAUAUAUCAGAAUACCUAAACACAACUCUUGAUGCUUAAUAAGAGAAGAAGCCUUAAAGGGACCACUCUAGGCACCCAGACCACUUCAGCUUAAUGAAUUGGUCUGGGUGCCUGGUCCAGCUAGGGUUAACCCAUUUUUUUUAAUAAACAUAGCAGUUUCAGAGAAACUGCUAUGAUUAUAAAUAGGUUAAUCCAGCCUCUAGUGGCUGUCUCACUGACAGCCGCUAGAGGCGUUUGCGUGCUUUUCACUGUGAAAAUCACAGUGAGAAGACGCAAGCGUCCAUAGGAAAGCAUUAUGAAUGCUUUCCUAUGAGACUGGCUGAAUGCGCGCGCAGCUCCUGCCGCGCAUGCGCACUCAGGUGGAGAGGAGGAGGAGAGCUCCCCGCCGGGCGCUGGAGAAAGGUAAGUGUUUAACCCCUUCCUCUCCCCAGAGCCAGAAACACGAGUGUUUUCCUGGCACUAUAGUGGUCCUUUAAUGCAUUUAGAAAAGGUGCUCAACUUAAUUUAUUUUUAGCUAUCCUUUUUAAUACACAAUCUGCCCGACGUUCCUUUCAAUGUAAGCCAGCUACUAAAGACCAACCAUGGAAGAAAUGGUCCAUAGACCGGUGUUGGCUAGUCUUCAGCCAGGGUACCAAACAUAAACCAUCAAUGCACUAUAUGUUGUGUUGGCAGAAUUGCAAGAGUUAUAUAAGAUUUGUGUGCAAAUAGGUACUCAGGACUUCAUUGUAUAAGCAUGUCUGUGAGAACUGCCAUGUGUUUUUUCUCUCUUCUGGUAGAAUCCUGCCUCCUGCCUGUUAUUAUUCUACCUGCAUAGUACCCACAUUUGAUUGUCCCUGCCACUGUUGAUUGUCAUUGGCCACUUUGGUCUCACUUCACAGUUAAGCGUAGUAAAUGUUUUGUUUUAUUUUCAUGACUGCUAGUCUUCAUUGCCGUUUUGCAGACAUGUGAAUUCAAAAAUUAUUUUUCUUUAUUCAUAUAUUUUGACAUGUCUAUUUAAAAACCUGUUUUAAUUGGCUGAGACGUGGGAAUCCAACUAUGGAAUUCUUCAUAUUUUCCCUACUUCAAAAUUCUCAUUCCAAACAACAACUCCUGCCUGUGCCUGUUAUGUUUUCUUAUUGAUCUUUCGAACACUAGCAGAGGGACAGAAGCUUACACUUGAUUGUUUCAAUCUUUAUGAUUUGUGUGUGUGUUCUCAUUAUGUAUUCCCAAUCUGCACAGACCUAUAACAUAAUAAUGGUGCUCUUAUGAUAAUUAAUGUCUACCUGCAGGUGAUAGAUAAGAGUGGCGCAAGGAUUGGGGAGUUCGAGGACCUCUCCAGGGUGGAAAAAUAUGAGCUAUCAAACGAAGCCUAUGAGAAAAGAACAGGUGCAUCCCUCAGUGUCAUUCCACCUUCCGCCUAUGCUGCCGAUCAAUUUCCCUUUCAGCUGCCCAUUGAAUUUUAUAAGGACCAGUUGCCAGCAGCCACAGUAUCAGUAGUCUAUAAACCAUCCUGUUAGAAUUCAGCUCACUGCAACAAGGGAUAAAAAAGUGACCAAAAUGUUUGUUUUGCUUUCUAAUCUGUGACAACAACAAAAAAAAUCUUUCACCGCAAGGUCUCACUCAAAUCAUGCCACCUAGUGUCAAUCAUGGUUCUCCUGUUCAUAUUCAGAUUUAUAAACUCAUUCCCUACCCGUGCAUAACUGUUUGCUGCAGUAACAUGAAAUCCCUUUUAAAGAUGUUGUUCCACCUAAACGGACUAAUCGAGCAUGUAGAUCGAAGAACAUGAAGCAUUAUUUUGCUAUUAGUUAUCUAAAUAUUUAACAACUUUUAAUGUAAAGCGCUGCAGAAUAAGAUGGCGCUAUAUAAAUCCCAAUAAUAAUAACCGGCAUAAUGCAUUUAGCUUUCACUUGGUUUUCAAGUAUCUCCUGGAAUUAAUUUUUUUCCUUCUGAUUUGUUUGGAGGUGGGUUUCUGCUGUGGCAACAAGGGCUUCUAUUCUAUAAAUACCUGCACUUUGUGUCACAUGCUGAAAUUAAUCAAUUAAUUUUUUAAUACUUAAAAAAAAGCCACAGGACCAAAUGUGAAUAAAGAUUUACAGACUUUUUCACUAAACUGAGAAUUUAUGGGAAUCCAAAGUGAAUUUCUGAAUAAGCAUAUGUUUAUAAUUCUGUUACUAAGUCAAUUGUGUUUGCAGUAUAGAUCGUUAACCUUAUGUUUUGAAAUUUUCUUUGAAUUCCCUGCAGUCCUCACUUUAGAUUUUUAUUUCCCCCAGCUGUGUAGAUGGAACUGCAUCGUUAAUGAAGGUUUUAGGCCGUAAAUCUGUUUUAUUUAUAUAUUUUACACAUUGUGGAUAUUUUGUGUGUACAAAGAAACCCUAGCCCUGUGCUUAUCCCAAACAUUUAUUUUAUCCUUGAGCACCAGACACGGUUAGUACAUCAGAUGCGGAGGAUAAACCCAGUUAAUAUUUUUCAUUUCCUACAAUUUCUUGUUGUUGGAUUUAUACUUGGUAAUUAAUAGAUAUUUACCUCAACAUCCACGGUUGGAAAUGUUCUAUUUUGUAAGCGGUACCACCAACUAACCAUCCUAAUUGGCAGCAUCCAUUCAUAUAGGUUUCCUAAAAAUGAAUUUAGUAGCCUGAUAACAGCUAACUUUUUGUAUUCUAACUGUCGUAGAUGUUAGUUUCCAUGAUGUUCAUCUAGCACAUCACGAAUAACAGUCACAACAGCUGAAAUGCAAAAAAGCUGAGGUAUCAUCGGUUAAGACUUUUUUAAAGAGACCUCUGACAAAGUAUAAUCCAUCAGUUGUGCUGAUCAGCAUAAUAGAACUAGUUCUAGAAGCCUUCAUACAAAAUCGUCAUUCAUGAAGUAACUUUUGAUUCCUGUGACUGGUUUGAGGUAGACGUUGACCACCCAAUUUCUGUCUCCAUUUUCUCAUAGAUUCUGUGCGCUCAUUCCUGAAGAAGAACAAGAUGGGGAAGUUUAAUGAGGCAGAAACAGCCCAGAUGAAAGCAGAGAAUGAUCGCAAGAUAGAGGAGGAGAGGGUAGCUGCAGAGGCCAUCACAACAGGUGCACGAUGCGAGGUUCGAGCGGUCGGCCUACCUACAAAGCGGGGAACUGUUAUGUAUGUGGGUACGUAACAAUGAGAGAAGACUUCUGUGUCUUGGUUUACUCUCUCUAGUUUAUUGGUUUCCCAAUAUUAUUCCUUGGCUUUCUUCAGGUACAAUUCUUGUUCAAAUAAAGUGGUGUGAAAAUAAAUGUAGAUAACAAACAAAGUGAAUCUUCUUGAUAAAAAUAAUAUAUUAUGUGUGAAACACAGAAAACACGUAAAAUACCGCACAUGAAUGAUAUACAGAAGCAGCAUAAUCCCUCAUAUACAUCAGCGGAAAGGGGAUGAACGAUGAAGUAUAAUAGUGGUAAUGAAGACCGGGUAAAUAUUCUUUAAUAGCUUAAAAAGAAAUAACACGUAGGAUAAUACCAUAAAAACAAACAUGCAAAUUUUAAAUAUUAUGCACUCACAAACAUGAAUGCCACAUGCCGUGGCAAUAGAAGCCCAUUAAACCACUUUAUAUUAUGGUACCUGGGUACCAUAUUGUUUGCUAGCAUGGAUAUCUGUGCCUGAGGUUAUUUAUAAUUUAUUAUCAGCAUUCAUAUAUCACCAAUAUAUACCACAAUGCUUUACAAUUAUAGAAAGGGGAUAUAUAGAGGUGAAGAAGACCCUGCUCAAACAAGCUUACAAUCUAUAAGGAUUUUAGCUAUGCAGAUAUUUAGCGUUGGGUGUCUUGCCGAGGACAUGCUCGGCUGUGACAGAGCUUGGAUCUUUCAGCAGUAGUGGAGGUCUUUAAAUUUGGUUGAUGGAGUGCUUUAAGCAUAUUUAUAUGUAUAUUGUGAUUCUGAAGUGACCCACAUACCCAGACAUGUCAGAGCAUCUUCAUUUCAGCUUAGGGGCAAAUUAUAGCACACAAUAUCCCUAGAGAACAUGUGCCACAGGUGUAUUUUAUUAGUGGGUUUCUGUUGCUUGUAAUACACAAAUGUAUUUGUCUAAUUGCAGGUCAAACCGAUUUUAAACCCGGAUAUUGGGUUGGAGUGAAGUAUGAUGAACCUCUUGGAAAACAUGACGGAAGGUGAGUGUUCUCCAAAAAUGGAUCAGUCACCAUGGGAACCAACAGAAUGUUCUUACUGAUAGCUUUAUGGAAAAUGGGAUUAAAUGCCUGCAUUUUGGAUUGUGUUGUGAAGCCAUUAAAAGGACAUUGUAAUGAAAUUAUUUUGGGGCAUAGAUGCUGCUGAUGGGAACAAUAUUGUUUCUUUGGACACUGAUCAUCAAGCUUGAUGCUCUGAUGGUAGGCGGAUCGAGUGCAGUGAGGAGUCUCUCCUGGCAUUUAAGUACUAUUAAGCUUUUAAAUGUGUAUUGCAUUGUUGUGGGUUUUUUUUUGUUUUUUGUUUUUUUUAUAUGCCAGGUUUAUAUCAACACUUUCUAACUGUUUUUUAUUUGUUACAUGCAUAUUCUCCACUCACGCAGAUGUUCAACCCUUCAGAUUCAUAAACCAAUAAAUACUAACUAUUUUGUUUGGUGGCAUAAUAUCCUACCUAAGGGUGAUAAGUAGCCUGAAUGCCUUGUUUAUAUAACUCAUUUUUUGCCUUUUCUCUUUGCAGUGUUGAGGGAAAACGCUACUUCACAUGCUCUCCAAAGUAUGGUGCAUUUGUCAAACCUCAGCAUGUAUCAGUUGGUGACUACCCAGAAGAAGACUAUGGCCUGGAUGAUGAGAUGUGACGUGCCAUUAUGUGACCUUGUCAGUGCCUCCCUUAUCUCAUAUGUCCUUAAUAUUCAACCUAGAUAUUCAUGUUCCUUUCUGCUUAUUAGUACUGUGACAAACAUAGACCUGGUUUGUGGGGGGAGUAGGUUUCUGCCCACCAUUUCCAGUACUGUGAAGGCCCCAGCUCAUUGUACCCCACCGCUGGUCAUAUUAAGAUUCUUGUUCCAGAAUCGGUGAGGGGGUCUUCUCUGUAGCCAGCUAUUGACCAGUAAUAUUAGCUGUAACUCGUAGGGCAAGGAAAGUAUGUCUGGCCAAUCAUUUGUAAAAUAAGACUUUUGAGUACUAUUUACAAAUCUCUACUAAAAUGUAGCAAAACCAGUGACUUUUAUUAAUUCAAUCACAUCUACAUACACUCCAUGUAAUCUGGGAUUGGCAGGCUCAAGCAGUUCAUCUUCUGUAGACUGCAACUCCUAGAAACCCAAGCCAAGCCAAACCUACUUGGAGUUACAGGCCACAGGCAGGUGGGAUUGCAGAUCUUGCAUUUAACUACACUUUAUAACUGAAUUUUCAUAGGGGACAUGGGCCCAGGGUUUGGGGGGUGGGGGGGAGGGGUGAACACAACCUGUAAAUGAAAAGAUAAAAGUCCUUUAGCCCACCUCUCAUGAUGUUUAAAUGUCUCUCAGUGGAUCCUGCUGGCUGUCCUAAUUAAUUGUCAAGUGUAGCUGGUUUGGUUUAUUUUCUUGUUAUACACCUCCCUGCUCUCUGUAACAUAGACCAGUCUCCAUUUUGAAAUUAGAUACACAUAUGUGAGCACUGCUGUUAAUGAUCAGUGAUUACCCAGAUAUGUAUACAGAUAACACUCACUAGGCACUAUACAAAACAAAUUCUAACUGGAACACAUGUAUUCUUCAGACAAGUUGAUUUCUGUUCUUUUCUGUAAUAUUCCUAAAUUCUAAAUUGUUUACUCAUUUUAGAAAUAGUUUCAUAGCCUUUAAUUUGUUUGUAAAACACACACGUGCUCUCUAAACAAAUUUUGAUUUCACCUUUUUGACCAAAUGUACAAAAAUGUCUAUUGUGGUUUUGUUUUUAUUUAUUUCCUUUGAGUUGUGUUGUUAAGGGAGGUAGUUUACCAGGCUUGUUAAUAGAUUUCAGAUAGUUAUCACAGGCCUUGUUUGGGCAGGGUUGGCCAAAAGGUAGUCAAUUGACUGUUGUAGGUUUGUCCCAAGAUCUUUUGCCAGCCUUAGGCAAAAAAAAACACAAUCAUGGAAACCAGUUCUACAACAGUUGAAACCAGUUCUACAACAACCUUUUUGACUAGCCCUGGCCUAAAUGAUAAUUUGCAAGUGUGUAUGCAUAGCUAAGCAGGAGUCUUUGCUAGGCCAUUUAGGACAUGGGUAAUCUUUGUCCUGUAAUUUGGCUGUGCACUGGUAAUCAAAGGAAGACAAACUAGUACAACAGCUGGCGUGAACUAUAUCUGUCCAAACCCUCAAGGCACUGAUGGUUCCCAACAGAAUUUAAAACCUUUCCAUCCUUGCUGGUGACAUAUUAUAGAUAUAGCCAUGAAAGGCUAGAAGUCUUGCAGUAUAUACUGGGCUGGAGAGCUAACUGUCCAGACUGGUUCACUGGGUCAAUUUGGCAGAUCGACACAAUCUGGUGUCCCUUGUGUUUCAUGUACUGUGUGUACAACCUAAAUAAAUAUACACUGCAAGAGCUGAAUAUACCAAGUCUGUUAUCCUUUAUUGCAGUAUGUUUGAGUUCUGAAUUGUGCUGUUUUUACUCAUAUCUGUGGGUGGGGACCUGUUAUGGGAAUACACAAACCUAGGGCUUAGAAUAUCAAGACCUACAAUACUAUCCAGGCUUUAAGUUACUCGCCACGGCAAGCCUGGAGGGUUUGUCAUACUCCCCAAAGGUGAAUUUGUACUCGCCAGGUCAAACUUGUGACUUGCCAAUGGCUACUGCCAAGUUGAAAUUUUGAACUCUCUACUAAUAGACCAUCAAGGACUGGGCAACGGGGAUUGAUGGCCAAAAGCAUGUUGCAGCACAUGACCCUCUCUAAAUGUUGCAUGGGUGGAUUAUCCUUUGGGUAUGAUAGAUGGGCCCCUUGCUCCCCAUUUUACAAAUAGACCAGGCAAUGCAACUUAGAUCCCUUGUGAAGUAUAAAAAGUGGUUUAUAUAUAUCACUACAUCUGGUUAUUAUUU